UCGAGUUUUGCGACCGUUUCCGCUUCCUCAGCUUCACCAGCUAUCCAAGCUGCUUCCUCAGCAGGCUCAAGCACGGCUUCGGCCCCAGCAACCUCGAGUUUUGCGACCGUUUCCUCUUCCUCAGCUUCACUAGUUAUCCAAGCUGCUUCCUCUGCUACCGCGGCUGUGGCUGCUUCCAGCAAGGCUGCUUCCGCUGCUACGUUUGUGACUACCUCCAGCCAAGCUGCUUCUGACCACUGUGGCGACACAGAUUAUGUGAUUCUCACCGACACGCCAUGGAUCGUCUAUAACAUGCUCUACAAUGCCGACGAGAUGGUCGGCACGCAGUGCACCAACUACCAAGAAUCUGGAACCCUUGCAAAUGGAGAACAAGAGGUGGUGUGGAAUAGCGUGACGAACAUUGAAUAUGUCGAGAGCACGAACAAUGUACCAAAAGGAUACUCUUUUGUGGGUCUGACGGAAAACCUUGAGAACACUAUUUCGUCCAUCUCUGCCAUUCCGGCUAAUUACACAUGGACACGCACAAAUACGACUGCGUUCAAGGGCAAUGUCUGCUUCGACUUUAUGACCAGUGACACGAAAGGAGAUUCGACCUCGAGCUCUGCGCAAGAACUCAUGCUGUGGCUUCAAUAUGAAGGAGGUCAGCUUCCCAUUGGCUGGGGAGAUGCUGUGACUACCAUUGAUUCUCUUUUUGGGACGAGCUGGAAGUUGUAUGAGGCGAAGAACACCGAUACUGGAAUCACAGUUCAUAGCUUGCUUCCCGACACUCAGUUCGAGGGGAGCUUUGAUGGAGAUCUGAAGGAUUGGCUGGAGGCUUUGGUGACAAUUGGAAAGUUUACGGAUGCGACUUACGUCAAUGUUGGGAAUGCUGGGACUGAGUUCUUCUACGGGAACAGCAUCCUGAAUGCUACGUUAGGAUUGCAGAUCAACUUGAGCUAG